UAUCUUUGAGGCCCCGCCCCCUGUGAUUACGCAGCUCGGCCCGGAUACCGUGCAGCGCUCUAUGUGACCCCCCGCUCCUAUGGGCUCCGGGGCCCUCUCCGCCGGGCCCCAGGCCCCCCCCACUCCGCACAAGAAGAUGAAGAAGCGGAAGGAGCUGAACGCGCUGAUCGGACUGUCCGCGGACGGCGGGAGGAAGAAACCCAAGAAGGGCAGCGGACACCGGCUACUGCGGACCGAGCCCCCGGCCUCGGACUCCGACUCGGACAGCGAGGAGGACGAGUUCGGCAACCCGGGGGGAGGGGGCGGCCGCUGCGGGAGGGGUGAAUUCCUGCAAUGCUGUAAAGUCUGCUACCCACUAUGUUGCUUUAUAGUUUUGGCAGCCUGCGUGGUGACUUGCAUCGGUCUAGUCUGGAUGCAAGUUGCUCUGAAGGAGAACAUAGAUGUACUUCAAGAAAGAUUCCGAGUCAUGGACUCUAGCCAGAAGAACUCGCUGCAAGAUAUCCCCAAAAUAAAAGAUGAUUUGCUCACAAAGCAAAAGCAUUUGGAUGAAAUAGUUACUGGGGAAAUGGGACUAAACAAACUGUGGGCAAACAUAACUGAGAUGUAUAAGCAGAUUGAGCUGCUGAUUUCUGCUGUUAACCACCUAAAAGCCAACAUGAAAUCUGCUUCCGACCUGAUAAAUCUGCCGAAUACAAUGGAGGAACUUCAGAAGAGUGUUGCCACCUUGGGCAGCACAUUGACCAGUGUCCACCAUGAUGUAGAGACCAUGCAGACGGCAGCCGAGGAGCAGAAGAAGAAAGUGGAAACACUACAGCAGGAUGUGUCAAAGCUUGUCACAAAAGAUACCAGUCAAGCAUUGCCAACAUCUCCAUCUGUCCGCAGUGGAACCCACGACAUAACACAGCAGGAGAUCUUGUAUCUUCAGAACACCGUAGAAGAUUUGAAUGCCACCCUGAUUCAGGAUCAGAAGCAGAAUAAUUUCCGAUUCCAUAACAUGGACUCCACCGUGGCUAACGUUAGCCAAAGGGUCACACAGUUGGAGAACGAUGUUCAGCUUUUAAAUAAAAUCCAGACAAAAGAAAACUCUCUUCUCAGUCCGGUGGAUAAUAUAACAUCCGCAGCGUCCAGCUCUAAUCUGACCUCCAGUGGUAUCAGGACAGAAGCCGGGCAGGUAAAGAGUAAGGGACAAUCUCGAACAUCUGAUCUGCAAGAGAAGCUCCAGCUUAUUCAUGCACUGACUAACAAACCAGAAGAUGUCCAGCGUCCUGCCGAAGAUGACAUGAAUAAAGAAACUACUACAUCACAUCCUAGUAUUUCCAAGAGGUCGCUACAUUUUAAACGAGGAUCAAGGUUCUUUUUACCAGGGAUUUCCACAGAAAGAGAUCUUAAGAAACUCUUCAAGCAGUCUGGCCAGGAUAUAAAUGGAAAUCUAUCAUACCAAAACCUGAAGGACUCACUUGGGCCUGGCGUACCACAGUCUUUAAAGGAAUUUGAUAGCGAUGGAGAUGACAAAUAUUCCUUCACUGAACUGAAAGAUGCUUUAGGUUUUUAAUUGCUGCACCCGAUACAAAGAAUGAAGAAAUCACUGAACUGAAACUAUUCCUACACAUGUCCCAUUAACCUACUAAUCAACAGAGGCAGGCUGACUACGCUGUGCCUGCAAAAGGCUUAUUUUAAAGAGACGCUAAUCUUUAAAACGGAAAGUUUGCUUCGUGAGCAGGAGCAAAAUCAAUAUAUAUAUAUUUUUAUUAAGAAGCCCUUGGAAUUUGAGAAGGAAAUUAUUAUUAUUAAAUAAAACCUCCUUUUAUAAAAGGUUGAGUUUAUUGGUCCAUUUUUCAAUGCAUUUUGUUUAAAUUGGUUACUUGACUUUAAGUGUGUGUGUGUAUAUAUAUAUAUUAUAUAUAAACAGAGGUUUCCAGGUUAGACAAUGCCAUAAAAUACGUCCAGCAGGAACAGACUACGUGUUAAAAAAAAAAAAAAUUCCUCCUCCUAUGAAGGAAAAGGAGUCUUGACGUUUUUUUUAAAUCAGGCCUGUUACUAAACAGAGUAUAGAAUUGUUUCUUUUGAAGACAGUCAAGUAAAGAAAUGCACCCUCCUAUCUCCAAUAAAUGUGAAUAUCUAUAUAACCUGGACUUGUGUUGAAGUUUUACUUUUUUUUUUUUUUUAGUUUGCUGAAUAGUUUUAUCUCCUGGCUGCUUGAUUGACAGCUGUGAUGGUACAAGUUUAGAGUUGUGUGCUUUUAAUUUACAAAUUGCUGCAGAUUUGCAAUAGCUCACUGCAGAUUUAUUGCCUCUCCUCAUGUGAGGCCAAUGAAGUAUUGAUUGUUACUGGUCUGUUUUGGAAAUUUAAAAAAAAAAAAUAUUUUUUUGGCCAUACAACUAUUAAGUGAUUUGUACUAGGUGGAGGAUUUGUAUGCAUUUCCUCAAUAAUGCAUUACAAUAUGGUGGUUCAGGGGGGCAGGCACUACUCCAAGUAGUAUAAUUCCUUUUAAAGUACAAUUUGUUUUCUUAUUAUUCCAAGGGCAUCUUAUCUGCUUUAAACAAAUAUGUAAGUUUUUUUUUUUUUUUUAAGUUUAGUGGCUCUUUAUUAUUUAUUAACUUCAGCCUAGAACUACACAUAUUUCUCCUUUUUAGAAAUAUGCGAUAAUCCCUAAUUUACAAAUGUCCAGAAAGGUUGUGUGAUUUUAAUUUUUUUCUGACUUUUCUCGAGAAAAUACUAAAAUGACAUGGCCUCCCGGGGCAUUCACACAAUUUUUUCACCUUUUUGUUUUAGCAUUUUUACUUUGGAAGCUGUUUGGUUGUUUUUCCCCCUAUUUUGUUUACUAAAAUUGGUGCAUUGCACUUUACAUUGUGUAGAAUUCCUUUCAGAAAACGCCUGUGCAAAUAGCAAAACUGUGUAUGCACUGUUGGCGAACAUUGUAAAGCUGUAACAAGGGACACUCCAAUGCCCAAAUUAUUAUU